AUGGAGGCUGCUUCCUCUCAAGUUACUGUGAGCUUCCCCGAAGUAGCUGUGAACUUCUCCCAGGAUGAGUGGCUGAGUCUGGACCCCUCUCAGAAGAAUCUCUACAGAGAAGUGAUGCUAGAGACCUACCAGCACCUGCAGGCCAUAGGGCAUUGUGGGGUGAAGCCUGCGCUGAUCUCCUGGUUGGAAAGAGGAGACCUUGAAGGGCUGCAGAGAGGCAUAUUUCCAGUAUGCACUCAGAAAAAAUGCUCCUGGAGAUGUCAGGAGUGUGGGAACACUUUCACUUUAUCCUCAUACCUUAAUAGUCACAAGAGAAUUCAUACGGGAGAGAAACCUUAUACAUGUCAGGAGUGUGGGAAGGCCUUCACUCGUUCCGCUUACCUUAAUAGUCACAAGAAAAUUCAUACCGGGAAACCUUAUACAUGUCAGGAGUGUGGGAAGGCCUUCUCUCAUUCCUCAGGACUCUAUCUUCACAAGAAAAUUCAUACUGGAGAAAAACUUUAUUCAUGUCAUGAGUGUGGGAGGGCCUUCACUCGUUCUGCUCACCUUAAUAGUCACAAGAAAAUUCAUACUGGAGAGAAACCUUAUACAUGUCAGGAGUGUGGGAAGGCCUUCUCUCAAUCCUCAGGACUCUAUAUUCACAAGAAAAUUCAUACUGGACAGAAACGUUAUACAUGUCUGGAGUGUGGGAAGGCCUUCACUCAAUCCUCAGUUCUUUAUCAACACAAGAAAAUACAUACUGGAGAGAAACGAUAUACAUGUCAGGAGUGUGGGAAGGCCUUCAUUCAAUCCUCAGUUCUUUAUAUGCACAAGAAAAUUCAUACUGGAGAGAAACCUUAUACCUGUCAAGAGUGUGGGAAGGCCUUCAUUCGAUCCUCAGACCUUAGUAGUCACAAGAAAAUUCAUACUGGAGAGAAACCUUAUACAUGUCAGGAGUGUGGGAAGUCCUUCACUCGGUCCUCAAACCUUACUAGUCACAAGAAAAUUCAUAGUGGAGAGAAACCUUAUACAUGUCAGGAGUGUGGGAAGUCCUUCACUCAAUCCUCAAACCUUUAUAGUCACAAGAAAAUUCAUAUUGGAGAGAAACCUUAUAUAUGUCAGGAGUGUGGGAAGGCCUUCAUUUAUUCCUCAGUUCUUUAUAUGCACAAGAAAAUUCAUACUGGAGAGAAACCUUAUACCUGUCAAGAGUGUGGGAAGGCCUUCACUCGAUCCUCAGACCUUAAUAGGCACAAGAAAAUUCAUAGUGGAGAGAAACCUUAUACAUGUCAGGAGUGUGGGAAGUCCUUCACUCAAUCCGCUCACCUUAGUAGUCACAAGAAAAUUCAUACUGGAGAGAAACCUUAUACAUGUCAGGAGUGUGGGAAGUCCUUCACUCGGUCCUCAGACCUUAAUAGUCACAAGAAAAUUCAUACUGGAGAGAAAUCUUACACAUGUCAAGAGUGUGGGAAGGCCUUCAAUCGGUCCUCAGACCUUAAUAGUCACAAGAAAAUUCAUACUGGAGAGAAAUCUUAUACAUGUCAAGAGUACUAUUCCCGAAGUGCAUCAGCAAGGCCCCUUUGUACGAAGCCCUGUGAGAAUGUCACAAGCUUGAUCCAUAGGCAAGCCCACACCAUGCCCUGGUCAGAAAUGACUGCACUUGGACUAGAAAUGCUUAUAGGAUUCACCCCUGGGAACAAGCUCAUAUCCACGUGGAUGGACAGAGCCAUAGACCCCUUCCUUUCCUGGGAAUUCAGAAGUGCGUUGAGAUUUGGCCAUGAGAGGACCAAGGAAACUGUCCUACCUUACGGGGAAGAAAUUGCCUUGAGCCUUAAGCCCUACUUCUACCCUUUGCACCAUACAGGCCCUGGAAGCCCACAAUAUAGGCUGACUAUGGUACAGCAUCUUUACACACUUGCCCUGCUGGUAGGCUGGCAGCAGUGCCGUCCUCUGCUCUUAGGCCAGAAGUGGAUCUGCCCCAAUACUCUAGUAAUUUUGGAUGGCCAAGCCUGGAUCCAGACUAUUGAGCUUCUCGGUUUACCUAAAAAUCUGAUGGGGAUGUGUCAUGUUCUGGAUAAAGCAGCAUGCUGUGGGGUCCUUGACCAGCGAAACAGGGCUGCAGUGGUACCAGUGUUCAUCAGCAUGUGA